UUGCAUGAGAUAGAAUAUUAUUAUUAAUCAAUAACAAAAAUACUAAAAACAGUGUGAGAGUGUUUAUAACAGGUGUGUCAAACUUUCGUUUGAUUGAUACAUUUUUGAAGAGCCGGUUAAACUAUCUUUGUGGAUCUGCAGUUAAACAAAGUUAAUAAAAAAGGCGCACAAGUCCAAAAAAGCAUUUGCUCCAUCGCACGUCGAUGCGUAUGACUACAUUCCGCAGCCUGGCUCAAGAGGUUCCUAGUCAGAUAAAUUGAAUAAAAUAGAAAAGUGAACUUUGUGGCGGCUAAGUUGGCAUAAGCGCUAAUAGAAUUUCAAAUUACUGUUGAUUGAAUUCUAUCAAAAACGAAGAGGAAUUGUGUUUAAAAUUGUCUCAUGAAGCUACAAUCGUGUGUGUGACUUAAAAACCUUUCUUAUAAGUUGAGUGCAAACUUCACAAAUAAAUAACUGAUAUGGGGUUAAAUUGUUGUUGGAAUAUGAUGUGGCCAGCGCGAUUGCUAAGACUGUGUCUCUUUCUUCUGCUGAUCAUUACCAUAGUUAAUGCAGACAUUUCGACUGUUGAACGAAUACGGAAACACAAAGAAUGGCUGAACCAACGAAAACAACAGAAGAGCAAUCGGUUAGCGUUGCUCGUGAAUCAUCCGAAAUCUAACUACCAAAUGGCAAAUUUAUGGCGUUAUCCGAAACCAGGGCUUGAAACGAGCGCAAAUGAGGUUUAUCCAGAGAACGAAGCUGUGGCAACAGACUUACAACAGCAAUCACCUACUACAACAACGCCAACUACUUCAACGCUAUUGAUCACAACAACAAAGGAGCUAGAGACAACAUCAGCUGGAACUACAAUCGGCAGCACCGAGGUUCAAACAGUAUUAGCCGCCACGCCCACCACGGCGGCAGCCAUUACCACAACCACAACCGCAACAACUACAAUGCAGCAACCGACAACAGAGUCUAUUAAUGUUUUAAAUGAUUUUAAAGCAAUAACAGCAAACAGCGCUCAAGUCCCCGCGGUUACUACGUCAAUCGCGCGAGGGGCAAGUGUACCCGAAGCGCCUAUUAUUAGCGAUAAUGUUGUGACUGAGACGCCUAAAAUUGUAGUUAGUAUAAAAACCACCACGGUAAGGGCAACCACAACGACAAGCACUGAAUCACCACAGAGCACAGCGGUUGGAAAUGUGUCCGAUUUGACGACAAACGAAAGCUCAGCAGUGACAAGCACGAAGCGACCGAGCGCUGGUCCACGUCAACGUCCCUACCCGCGCUGGGGCACUUGGGGCAAGUGGAGUGAUUGCUCACGUAGUUGCGGUGGCGGUGUACGCUUUCAGCAGAGGAAAUGUAUCAAUCGCAACUCCUCGACCGGCAAACGUUAUAUCAGCAAUGCGUGCAUUGGCGUCUACAGGCGUUAUCACAUUUGCAACGAGCAGCCUUGCCCUGCUGCGAUCGCGGACUUUCGCGCUGUGCAAUGUGCCGCUUUCAAUGAGGUUGAUUUUCAGGGACAAAAAUACACGUGGGAGCCAUAUAUCAAAGAGGAUGCCGAAUGUGAGCUGAACUGCAAGCCAAAGGGUAUGAAAUACUUUGCCACACUCAACUCGUCGGUCAUUGAUGGUACGCCGUGCUUUAAGCCAGCUGAAUAUUAUCGCUCGAAUUAUAGACAGCGUGCGAUGUGUGUAGAGGGAGUUUGCAAGGCCGUCCAUGCCACUGGAAUCAUCACUGGACUCUCUGCUAACAGCGGUUCAGUCGGCUGUGGUGGUUUGAUUUGCCGACCAAUUACGGGUAUCUUUACGCGCGAUCCGUUACCAGAAGACGCUUACGUGCACGUGGCUACAAUACCAGCAGGUUCUUCAAAUAUUUCAAUAACUGAGUUAGGAAACAGCAUAAAUUUACUAGUGCUGCGUACACCCGAUCAGAAAUAUAUAUUCAACGGCGAUAAUGUGGCUUCAGAUAGUGGCGCCUAUGAAGCGGUGGGCGCGGUUUUCGACUACCAUCGUAUAGAUGGACUACAGCAUGGUGAUGGUGUUACCGAAUGGAUUACUUGCUUGGGGCCCAUAAGAGAUAUGCUAGAGUUAAUGAUAUAUAGCAAGUCUUCGAAUCCGGGCAUCAAGUAUGAGUAUCUGUUGCCUAUCACAUCAGACUCCGAGGAGAAUGAGUUAUCAGUAGAAAGCGACGGAUUCUUGAAAAACGGUCCAGAAGAGAGUUUUGCAAGCAAUUCACGUUCCGGUCGCAGACGUCGCUUCAACUGGAAAGUAGUUGGCUUCAGCGCCUGUUCAAAAACUUGCGGUGGUGGCAUACAAACACCGAUUGUGCGCUGUGUACGCGAGAAUCCCGUUCGGUACUAUUCGCAACGCCGUUGCAUGCAUUCGGAAAAACCAAUGCUGAAUGAAAAUCUGCUGCGCUGUAAUACCCAACCAUGUCCUGCUUAUUGGCGCAUCGAGGACUGGAGUGAGUGCCACUGCCAACAGGGCGAAGGUUAUCGUGAGCGAGACUUAAGCUGUGUUCAAGAGCUUGCUUCCGGUAUUGUGAUACAUGUCGACAAUUCAGCAUGUACCGAUGAGAUGCCGAAUCCGCGCAAACAAUGCGACUGUCCAAAGAAUAGACGACGCACACAUGCUGCCCGCUAUCGUACGGCGCAUGCGGGCGCCAACGGUACUAAUCAUCGUGGGCGCGAUAAGAAUGACAAAUCUGGCAUUUGGCUAAUGUCCGAUUGGAAUCAAUUCUGUUCGGCUGAAUGUGGCUCAGGUGUUGAAUAUCGCACGAUAUUCUGUGAUCGUACAAAGCCGAAUACGGAUCGGUGUGACUCGCGUGCCACGCCAGAAAUCACUCGUCCAUGUGAACGAGAACGAGAUUGCGAUAAAGGUGAAUGGUUCGUUGGUCCGUGGUCACCAUGCAAUGGCAACUGCUUCAAUUUGACGCGCAGUCGUGCCGUUUAUUGCAUACGUAAUCAGGAAAUAGUUAAGGAUGAGGAUUGCAAACCUGAACUGAAACCACAGUUAGGCGAGAAUUGUUCGCACGAAGAAGUGGAAUACUGUGGUCCGCGUUGGCAUUACUCUGAGUGGACGGAGUGUUCGAAAUCGUGUGAUGGCGGCACUCAACGACGGUCAGUCAAAUGCUUAGAGUACGAUGAACGCGAGGCUGCAAUGCGUGAGUCGGCGAAGUGUCGGUAUUCGCUGCGCGAGCCGAUCUAUCGCAGCUGUAACACCCAAAGAUGCGAUGAGCCACAUUUAGAGCUGCUGCAAAAUGAUGUUGCGGUCGCGUGUGUGGACGAGUUCAACAACUGUCAGUGGGCUGUCAAGGCGAAGCUCUGCAAUUACGAUUACUACAAGCAGAAUUGCUGUUACUCCUGCGGUGCCGCCUAAUUACACACUCGACUGCGUGGAGGGGUACUUAGCAAUAGAAUACGCUGCAAUAUUUAAUUAGCCUAAUUUUUGUUUUUAUUUCGUUUUCAAAAAAAAUUUUUUUUUUCAAAAAGUGUAGUAUUCUUAUUUGAAUAGCGAAAAAACGAUUUGUACUCUUUUUACCUACGAAAAAACCACAAAAGUAAUCGAUUCGAUUUACUUAAUUACUGCAAAUUCUUAAAAAAAAAAAAAAAACUAUUUAUCUACAAUUUAAUGUUUUGUGUGAAAUUAAGCAAUACACGUAGGCAUUUUCUAAGUAUUUAUAAUAAUAAAGUUAGGCAUAAUUGUUUAGUUGGCAUUUGUUCUCUGAGUUCUGUAAAUUAAUGCGCAUGAGAGUAAUUAAAAAAUGAGCUAGAAAUCAUUUUGUAUUUUAACUUUUAUUUUAAUUAAUAUUGUGUAUGUAUUUAUUUAUAAGGCACAUUCCAUAUACAUACAUACGUACAUAUACAGUUGUAUUUGCAAUAUUGAGCAGCCGGUUACGCAUUCAAGUGCUAAAAUUAGCUUUAGACACUUGGGACACAGUAUUUUUUUUUGUAUAAAAACGGUUUCCGAUAUUUGUCGAAUUUGACCUACUUUACUUUCUUUGAAAAAAAAUCGAAAGGUUUCUUUAAAUAUUUGGAACGAUUUUUUUUCUUAAACGAUAUUAUUUUUACCGAAAUUUAAAUAAUCCGAUAACUUAAGUCGAAAAUAUGUCCUGAGUCCUAUUUCAUAAUCAAAUUGCAAUUAAAAACCCUUCUAGGUUUUCUACGUUCUAGGUUCACUCGGCAAAAUUUUCGAAUUUCUCAAAAUCGUGUUAUUUAUUUUAGAAAAAAAAACUAAAUGCAAUAAUUUAACUAAUGUGUUCUAAUAGUUU